CUGUGAGCAGACAAAAUACUGAACGCUAACUUAAAAUUUAAAAUCCAUCCUCAUUAAUUUUAUCAAUUUAUCAAAAUGAUAUCCAUGGAAUAUUUCAGGAAGAUUGAAAAGGAAAGUUUUAAGAUUUUGAAAUCUAACUUGGAUGUUUCGUAUGAUUAUUUAAUGAUAAUUUUGGCAAUGAUCGCUGUUUUAGUUGGUGGAAUGGAGGUAACAUCGGGCAGUUUUGAAUGUGUUCCAGUUGUCAAUUGUCGCAACAUAGCAAAUAAACAAUCGAAUGCGUCAUGGCCACAAGCAAAUUUAAAAUUUUCUAGUAUUUGCAAAAAAUACAACCUGUCUCAAACUACAAGCUUUGCGGAACGAACGGAAGUCGUUACAGAUCAAAAUUUCAACUGUUUAUACAAACGUUUUGUCAAUUCAGAACAUAGGAAAAGCGUAAUUCCAAAAUAUUUGUCCUAUUUGUGGUUAAUAUUGUUCCUCGAAGCAUUGUGGCUAUUGAUUCUCGACAAUUUUUGGUUGAAAAUUCCUUUAUAUUCGUCAGUAAUUGAAACAUUUGUUGAUUUAGUGAUGACGUGUUACGAUUCACCGUUUCCUAAGUUUGAAGUCACUUAUGCACUCUUUCAGUUGAGUGGAGUGAUAGUGUUUUGGAAAUGUUUUAGAACUAUUCAAUUUUGUCGUAAACAAAAUAAGUAUGAUUUUUCCAAAAACCUACCUCAACAAUCUAAAGAUCAGCGAUCCGAUGUAGAUCCAAUAGGUGGAGAUCUUGGUUUUCUUCUUCAUUUAUUGGAUUCUUACAGCCUAAUUUACGUUAUAAUAUUUGCUCAUUUCCUUUCAAAAGAGAACGAAAAGAAGAUCGAUGCCCAUUCAUUAAAUAUUAAAUUUCCUGUUUCAAUUCUACAAUCAACUGUAGAAAAAGAACAAAAAUUAUCGUUUAGCACUCUUCCAGGAAUUCCUCAGACAAUUUUUGAUCAAUUAGUGAAAGUCCUUAGGCUUGACAAUAACAAACUUCAAACAUUUGCACCAAACACAUUGACAAAAUUGGAAAAUCUCGAGUCUCUUGAUAUCGAUGGUAAUCAUAAAUUGGAAAUGGACGCUCUUCGUGAGAUCCUUGCGUGUGCAACUUUGCGCAACCUGGAAUAUCCUUUUCAUCUUAAAGAAAGAGUAGUAGAUGAACUAAAUGAAACGGAAAAUGAAAAGCUAAACUGUGUUAAUUCAAAAAAAUUGAACAGAGAAGAUUAA